AUGUUAUUCACCAAAGUAUUGAAGUACACACCAUACUGUAGUACUACCACGGCACCCACUGAAGUACCCUGUGGUCCUAUAGUGGCUACCAUGAAACUGAUCAUUGAUGAGAAGGAUUUCUACUUGUUUGGGAGGAACCCAGACCACUGUAACUUCACGAUAAACCGUCAGUGAUGCUCACGCGUACAUUUGAAUCGAAUUCACUUGAUGGCCUUUGGAGAUUUUUUUUUAAACGUUGUUAGAUAAACCCAUGGCACUUUUUUGGGCAGAAUUCACCUGGAGCCCCAUAAACCCCAGCAGGUUCCCAUCGGCUCCACCAUGUUAUUUGGGGCGUCGGCGUGAGUGUACACGCUGAGAGAGAAGACGCAGCUGAGAGCUACAGCAGGUGACAACGGUGUAGAAGACGAAGAGCUGAAAGGAUUGCUCGGCUUACCGGAAGAAGAGGCCAAGCUACUGUAGAUGUGUAACCUGACCGAGUUCAACACAGCACACAACAAACACACAUCCACGCUGACCAUCAAAGAGGGGAAUCUGGACCUCCAGAGACUGAAGAGGAAGAGGAGAAGCUCUCGAGUGUCCUUCAGCGAGGACAAGGAGAUCAUUAACCCUGGCGUGAUCAAGUAUUCUGUCCAUAAUUCUUUUUUGCGCAUGGUGCGGACUGCCAUCGUACCCUUAAAGAAAAAAAAAUAUGAGGGACACGGUACCCUUGGUGUGGAGGACAGCGUGGUGCGUCCCUUCCAGAACUUCACCCUGAGCUCAGGGCUUUACGGUGACCUGCCUCCUACCAGGUAGCGACCUGGACGCGAGCACCAAGCAGGACCAGCAGUGUUGAGCGGUAUACCUUUGCCCUUCCCCAACCCAGCUCCAGGGGUGGACGUCUUCACUGCGGCAGCGCAGCCGGCAGCCAUGUUGAACCAGCCCCGCAAGAAGAAGUACGCCAAGAAGGCGUGGCCUGGAAAGAAACCCACACCUUCACUACUCAUUUAA